CUCCCUCCCCCCGCCGUCUCCUCCUGCUGCCGCCGCUGCUUUGGCUGCUGCGUCAUACGCCCCAGAGCCGCCGGGACGGAGGGGUUGGGCCUGGGGACCCCCUGGCCUUUGCCUGCACGCCUUCCGACGCCUGGACGUGCACUCCCCGCGCUCGGGGGGCUCGCCUAGAUUUCCCACAGCUGCUCCUGCCAGGCUCCCAGCGGCCCCAGCUGUCACCGGCCCCCCCAGGAUGCAAUGGCGCAGCCCCCCCGGCUGAGCCGCACUGGUGCCCCCUCACUUUGGGACCCGGCUUCUCCAGCUCCCACCUCGGGUCCUAGGCCCCGACUUUGGGAGGGUCAGGAUGUGCUGGCCAGAUGGACCGAUGGGUUGCUAUAUUUGGGGACCAUCAAGAAGGUGGACAGUGCUCGGGAAGUUUGCCUGGUCCAGUUUGAGGAUGAUUCCCAGUUUCUGGUUCUAUGGAAAGACAUUAGCCCUGCUGCCCUCCCCGGGGAGGAACUCCUCUGUUGUGUCUGUCGCUCUGAGGCUGUGGUUCCUGGGAACAGGCUGGUUAGCUGUGAGAAGUGUCGCCACGCUUAUCAUCAGGACUGUCACGUUCCGAGGGCCCCAGCCCCUGGAGAGGGAGAGGGCUCAUCUCCCUGGGUCUGCCGCCAGUGUGUCUUUGCCAUCGCCACCAAGAGAGGGGGUGCCCUGAAGAAGGGGCCUUAUGCCCGGGCCAUGCUGAGCAUGAAGCUUUCUCUGCCGUAUGGACUAAAGGGGCUGGACUGGGAUGCUGGACAUCUGAGCAACCGGCAACAGAGCUACUGUUACUGUGGGGGUCCUGGGGAGUGGAAUCUGAAAAUGCUGCAGUGCCGGAGCUGCCUGCAGUGGUUUCAUGAGGCCUGUACCCAGUGUCUGAGCAAGCCCCUCCUCUAUGGGGACAGGUUCUACGAGUUCGAAUGCUGUGUGUGUCGGGGGGGCCCUGAGAAGGUCCAGAGGCUACAGCUUCGCUGGGUGGAUGUGGCCCAUCUUGUCCUGUAUCACCUCAGUGUUUGCUGUAAGAAGAAAUACUUUGAUUUUGAUCGUGAGAUCCUCCCCUUCACGUCUGAGAAUUGGGACAGCUUGCUCCUGGGGGAGCUGUCAGACACCCCCAAGGGAGAACGUUCUUCCAAGCUCCUCUCUGCUCUCAACAGUCACAAGGAUCGUUUUAUUUCAGGAAGGGAGAUUAAGAAGAGAAAAUGCUUGUUUGGUCUCCAUGCUCGGACCCCUCCCCCUGUGGAGCCCACUGGAGAUGGAGCCCCCACCAGCUUCCCUUCAGGGCAGGGCCCUGGGGGAGGGGUCUCACGUCCCCUGGGGAAGCGCCGGAGGCAGGAGCCAGAGCCCCUGAGGCCAAGGCAGAGGGGAAAAGUGGAGAAGUUGGGGCCACCCUCGGCAGUGCGCAACCACCUCAAAUCCCAGGAGAAGAGGGAGCGGGCUCGUCUGCAGAGGGCGCUGCAGGCCUCAGUGUCUCCACCACCCCCCAGCCCUAACCAGAACUACCAGGGCAGCAGCGGCUACAACUUCCGGCCCACAGACGCCCGCUGCCUGCCCAGCAGCCCCAUCCGGAUGUUUGCUUCCUUUCAUCCCUCUGCCAGCACCGCAGGGACCUCUGGGGAUGGAGAACCCCCAGACAGGUCACCCCUGGAACUUCACAUCGGUUUCCCCACAGACACCCCUAAAAGUGCACCCCACUCGAUGACUGCCUCAUCCUCCUCAACCCCAACCCCCUCCCCAGGUGUUUCUAGACGCUCAACAACCCCUUCUUCUCUCUGCCGUAGUUUAUCUCCUGGGAGUGGGGGAGGAGCCCGUGGUGGGGUUGGCACUGGCUACCUAUCCCGAGGGGACCCUGUCCGGGUCCUUGCUAGGAGAGUACGGCCUGAUGGCUCUGUGCAGUACCUGGUUGAGUGGGGAGGAGGGGGCAUCUUCUGAACAGCCCUCCUCUGUCCACCUCCCCAUUCACACACACCGGCACUUUCAUACCCUGACCUCACCUGCAGCUGGGAUGUACCUAGGGAGGUAGGGGGGUAGGGGUAGUUCUCCCUACUGCCCAGGCUGGAAUCUGGGUAGGGGUGUGAGAAAGAGGCUGCUCUGCUCUCUCUUCUCUACCCCUUUCAUGAUUCCUGGACCCCCCUCCCUUUCCUUCUUCCCAUUUCUUUUGAUGUUAUUUUGUUACAGCUUUUUAAAUAUUUUUAAAAAUUAUUUAACCCCUGGGAGCAGAGGCUGAGGAGGGGGGAUGGAGGGAUGAUAAGGGAUCCUGGACUCUGUAUGAUUGAAAUAAAGAGAAAUAAACAAAUCUAGCAGCUCUGA